AAUAAAUAUGAUGUUAUCAAUAUUGUUAUACAUAUUUACUCAUUCCUUGUUGUUGUUGUUGUUGACAUUGUUCACUUCACUGUCACUCAUUUCUUGUUGUUGUUGGCAUUGUUCACUUCAUUGGUCACUCAUUCCUUGUCCUUGUUGUUGGCAUUGUUCACUUCAUUGAUCAUUCAUUCCUUGUCCUUGUUGUUGUUGACAUUGCCCACUCUAUUAGUCACUCAUUCCUUGUUGUUGUUGUUGACAUUGUUCACUUCAUUGGUCAUUCAUUCCUUGUUCUUGUUGUUGACAUUGCUCACUCUAUUAGUCACUCAUUCCUUGUUGUUGUUGUUGUUA